CUUUCCCCAUGAGUUUGAGAAACUAUAAAAAUAAAACAGCAAUUCUUCCUUAAUCCUUUCCUCUUUGUUGUGUUUCAAAAAACACCAUACUCUGAAACACCCAUGAACUGUAACCAUGCCACUUUCCUCUUGGUUUCUUUGCCAUCACCACCACCACAUGUGCUUUUCCCAAAAUUCCAUUUUUCAGUGCCAAAGAAAACUCUUUUGACAUCGAAGCUUAACAGGAAUGCAAUUCUUAGAAUUAAAGCUUCAAAUGAUGAUAAUGGGCAAUCAGCAAAUUGGUCUAAGUGGAUUCCCAAAGACACUUUUUCUGGUGAUAAAGUUUUCAGAUUGAUUUCUAGUGCUACUGCUAGUCCAAUUGGACAGUUUGUAUCUUCACCAACCACUUUUCUUCACUCUAUUGAUCCACGAGUUAAAUUGGUAUGGCUUUUAGUUCUCGUUGUUCUACCGGCAAGGUCACAUAUAAUUAUGCGAUUUGGAUUGGUAGCAUACUUGACUUUGCUUUCAAUUUGGAUUCUACCAAGAAAUGCUUGGAUGGAUCAAUUGGGGCGAGUUUAUUUUCUGUCAGCAUUGUUAUUCAUUACAUUAGGGCUGAGUUCAGAUGGCGUGCCAGCACUUGUUCAGUCAAGAACUCCACCAUCUGUGACGACGGGGCUUCCAAAUCUCCCUAUAUCUUUAACAGGUUAUUCAUAUGUAAUCUCAAAGUUAGGUCCAUUAACCUUUACGAGGAAAGGAUUAUCUGUAGGAAGCACUGUUGCAUGUUUGACUUUUACAGUAUUUCAAAGUGCAAGUCUUUGCCUCACAACCACAACUCCUGAACAGCUAGCAUCUGCAUUGCGAUGGUUCAUGCUUCCUCUGAGAUACAUAGGUGUAUCUGUAUCGGAAAUUGUGCUUACCCUUUUAUUGUCAUUGAGAUUUAUCAGUCUAGUUUUUGAUGAGGUCCGGAACAUUGCAUUGGGAAUAGUAUCUCGUAGGGUAAAUUGGAAACAAUUGACUGUUAUGGAGACAAUUGAUAUUUUCUUUAACUACUUCCGUCGCAUCUUCAAAAAUAUUUUCAGCCAUGCAGAGCAAAUUUCUCAGGCUAUGAUAGCCAGAGGUUUUAAAGGGAACGUCGACAAUCACAAAAUUUAUUUCUUGUCAGAAUCAUCUUUUGGGAUGGCAGAUAUUGUAUGUUUGUUGAAUUUGACAGUUGUCAUAGGAGCUUCUCUCUUGUCUGAGUACUACCUUGUCUAAUGAGAAAGAUAGGUCACUUUUGCAUCGGUUCUUGACAUGGUUUUGGAUGAAAAAGCUACUCGGAAACUUUCUUCGUGAAGUAUCUAAACGGGUUGCUUCAAAGUUGAAAACACGGGUUUGGAUUUAUUUGCUUUCGUAAGUUAGAUGAGUCAUAUUGUAGCUAUAUCAACAUAAUUGUUGUAUUACACAAUAUGUAGGAAAUCAUUGUUUUUAUAACAAGUUUCCACAUCCUUUUGAUAUAGCGCAAGGGGUUGAUGCACAGUGUACGAGUGUUGUAAAUCCGGGAUACCGAGUUAAUGAUAAAAGAAAAAGCACAGAUAAAGGAUAUUGAAGCCAGUAAAGGUUGUUACUGUCAUGAGUUUGUCUAUUUGAACUCUUGUAACAUUGCAAAUAGUAAAUCUGAAAGCCCUAUUGAGUAUAAUAAA